CAUGACCUCCCUUAACAAAUUAAGAUUUUGUUGUUCUCGGGGUGAUUCCCAUUAGCGUAGCUUAGCAACAUCUAGCCAUUCUUAUUAGGAAAGGGCGUUUCACCAAACUGUAUUCAAAUAUGUUACGAUUUAAAGUUGCCUCGCCAGUUGACAAAAGUAAUAGCCCAACACUUGUCUAAACACACUCUUGUCUAAAUCGAUAAAAGCCAUGCUUUUAUUCGGCAUACACAGAGCUGUAAACUUACGCAAUGAGCAGCAAUUUGUUUAAGGAGACAUGGCUGUUCAUAAUAGCACGCCUACCUUCUAACUGUGGAGUCCAUACUGUUCAUAAUUAACCACUGCUGCUUGGUGAAACUCAUUUUUGCCGAAUCGAAAAGUUGCUCCACGUGACCUGAUGUUUGACCUGUGUACUCUGGUAGUGCUUUGGCCCCCCUACAUUUGUAGAUAUAUCCCUUGAGCAGGCGUGACCCCUUCCCUUAAAAAAAGGUACACAUUAUACACCAGGACCAGACUUGGCUACAUGUAUUACAAGAGGCAAAUGAGAAAAGCCCGGGAAAAUUAUCCUGCUGGACAUUCCACAGCUCAGCCCGUGGAGUUCAAUGAUAUCAAAAUAAUUCCCAUCUCGGUACUGUCUGACAACUACAGCUAUCUUGUAAUAGACACAGCCUCCAGUGUUGCAGUUGUUGUAGAUCCUGCAGACCCUCAAACAGUUCAGGCAGUCCUGGAGGAAGAGGGAGUGAUGUUAGAAGCAAUACUUUGUACACACAAGCAUUGGGAUCACAGUGGGGGAAACAAAGGGUUGAAGAGGCUUCACAGCUCAUGUCGAGUGUAUGGAAAUGCAGCUGAUAACAUUCCUGGCCUCACACACCCUCUCUCACACAAGGACUCUAUAACAGUUGGCCGUAUGCACUUUAAGGCCCUCUUCACUCCUGGACACACAGUGGGCCACAUGAUCUACCUCCUGGAUGGCCAAGCAGUCGGCGCCCCCUCCAGCCUCUUCUCUGGUGACCUAGUGUUCCUCUCAGGAUGUGGGAGGAUGUUUGAAGGCAGUGCAACAACAAUGUUGUCAUCUCUGGACACAGUCGGCGCCCUAAGUGAUGAUACUCUGUUAUGGCCCGGUCAUGAGUAUGCAGAAGACAAUCUGCUGUUUGCUGCUGAGGUUGAGCCACGCAACGCUGCCAGGGAAAACAAAUAUCAGUGGGUGCUGCAGCAGCGGGGCCAGAAGCUGUGCACGAGUCCCUCCACUAUUGGAGAAGAGAAGCAGUACAAUCCUUUCCUGCGAAGCCACUCUACGGAGCUCCAUCUGGCCCUAGGCCUCCAGCAGUUCCAGGAUGAAGACUGGACCCAGUUCAGGGCUCGAGUGUUGGAGGAGCUGCGGAAACGCAAAGACCUCUACAACAGGAGAUAGUACUAGCAGGAAACAGGAGGUGGUAACAGUGGGGAGCAGAGCAGAACAGCUCACCUGUGGUAAGAAAGCAGCAGUCUGCAGUGCAAAAAAAAAAAACAUGAUAAGCUGAGCUCUGAGGUACUGUAUGAAACCCUGACUGGUUUUGGGCAUUAAGUCAUUUUUGACCUUUAUCAACCUGCAUCAAUGACCACUAAGAACAAAGUCACAACCUCAUUAUUACAUAAUCCUAAUAAUAAUAAUACUGUUACCUUUCCACACGCUGAAUAUUGUGUUCAUUUUGUGUUAAUAGACAGAGAAGUGCUCAGUUAUUGCCUGUUAAACAUAGAGCAACAACAGUGUAGAUUUGCAUAAGUAAGUAUCACCAGAUGUCACAUUCUGGUGUAUGAAACACAGGGUGAGAAAAGGUCUGCACACUACAUGGGUUAAUCAGCAUGUUAGGUACUGCAUUGUCUACUCCACAGCCUGUGUUUUAGGACCUAAAGGAAGUAUUAAAUGAUCUUUCUAUGACAAUAUCUGGUAUGCAGGCUUUACGUUUACAUGCUGCUUUAGAGUAAUUACCCUCUCCAUGGAAAAUGUGACUUUUGAACUUGAGUAUUUUGAUUGUGACUGUUUGAAUUGUUAUAUCAAUUGUUAUGACAAUAAUAGUAACAUUAAUUUUAUAAAUCACACAAAUACUCUUUGCUGUUGGUACUUUAUGUGAAAGCCAGCACAAAAUAUGCGAAAAUGUUUGUACACUAACCUUUAUGUGAAUGCGUUUGCUGUAUCUAAGAGCCAGUUUUGUUUUGACUUACAAAAAUGGUCUAACUAACAUUAGUUCUUUAUGGUUCAUGUGAAAUGGCUACUAAUCUUGUUUUUUCCCUCUUAAAAAUUAUAUUUUAUAAUUGCCUCAUGAAACAACAAACAUUUAUCUGCUAGUGGGCCAAAAGUGAAACACGUGUUGAGUAAAGUAUUUUUUGUGCCUCUCAGAGGGUUAAUUUUUGCUGAACUAAUUGUCUCACAUUUACUGUGUUUUUCAAAUGUUUGUAGUGGCACUACAUGAACAGCAAUAUAUGUGAAAGAGUUGACAGAUGCUGCAAUGUAAUGAAAUAUGACUGAAUUGCUGUUGCUCUUAAGUUAGCUUUAGAUAAAUUACUCAUGACUGCCAAUAGUUACAGUGAUGAACAUUAAACUUACAGGGUGAUGUUGAAUCAAACUCGGUAAACAUACAUUAUGUUUUGAAAUGAGUUGUAAUUGAUGUUGGAAGUGUGUGAUAUUUAAGAUGCUGAUGGAAUUGCAAAAUAUUUUAUUUCCUUUCUGAUAUGAGAAAUCAAUUUGACAUUGACUGUGACACAAAUGAAGGAAUGUUUUUAUAAACUAAAAUCUGCAAACCAAAACUAUACAUAUUUUUAAAAUAUUGAAGGCUUUAUUAUACUGUGACAUUAAAGAUGAGAAAAAUAAUUUCAGUGUAAUAAACAUGGUCUUCUGUUACUA